GCUCCAACCGAAAACCGUACAAGAAAGACUACAGAACGCUCUUUUGCAAAAAUUGUGGUUUUAUUUUUGGUUACGCGAUUUUUUUUGCAUUUGCCUGCUCCUACGUUGUCUGUUCUAAACAAAUUUUGUUUUGGGCGAGCAAUGACUAAUAGCAAGAUAAUGCAAUCGGUGUAAAAUCCAAAAUGUCUGGGAAACUUAUCAAAUGUAGCUUUAAUGUGUGUAUGUAUUGCAUCAAUUUGGUGACCAUUGUUCAACGAAACAGCAUCACAUAAUGGAAUGCAAGGCAUGACGCCCACUAACAUCUUAACAGCGUCUGUAGUUCAAAAGAUAAAUUGGAAACUUUCUCUCACGACUGAUGGAUAUAAAAAGGUCAACAUUUGGCUGCCAGGGCCAUUGGUAUAGUUUUGUGCAGUGUUGUUAACAUGUUCAAAAUCAACCUUCUGUUUGCAUUAACCCUAUGUUGUACGGUCGUCGGUAUACAAUGUGAUUUAACUGGUGGUUGCGAUUGCCGAGCGAUCAUGACCAAAUUGAAACUUCUAGUAGGAGAAGAAACGGUUAAAAGAUCCUGCGCCGAAGUUCCCUAUUCGGGAAUUUACACCAUUCAACCGGAAAAACCCUUCAAGGAACCGAUGAGCGUGCUGUGCGAUCAGGAGUACGAUAGAGGAGGAUGGAUCGUGAUUCAACAUCGCUUUGACGGAUCGACGAACUUCUAUCGCAGCUGGCAAGAGUACAAGAAUGGAUUUGGAAAUCUGGAAGGAGAGUUCUGGUUGGGUCUGGAUCGUAUUCACCAGUUGACCGUUUCACGACCACAUGAGUUAGCAAUACUACUGGAAGAUUUUGAGGGUAAAAAGGCAUUCGCCAGAUACAAUCUGUUCGAGAUCGGAGACGAGAACGAAAAGUAUGAAUUGAAAAAGCUUGGCGCACAUUGUGGAACGUUUAACGAUUCGUUGGUUAAUCAAAAUGGUAUGAAAUUUACCACAUUUGAUUCGGAUAAUGAUUUUUGGUCAAGUGGAAACUGUGCGGUCAAAGGUAGUGGCGCUUGGUGGUACCGCAGUUGCCACCACAGUAAUCUUAAUGGAAAAUAUCUUCGCGGAGUAACGAAAGAAUAUGCAACUGGAAUGAUAUGGUUCUAUUUUCGAGGGGAUCACUAUUCACUAAAAGUUUCAAAAAUGAUGAUAAGGCCAAUGAACGCUUAAUUCAUUAAUCAACAAUAUGAAAAAAGGCAAUAUACCAUAAAAAUUGAGUAAAUGUAUCAACGAAGUAAAACUGUAAUUUGUUUACCGGUAAACCGAUUAAUGAGUAUAUAUUAAUGCAUAAUUGAAAUGCAAAAAACUGUGCUUUCUUUAUGGUUUUAUU